CGUCCUGAAGGAGAGUCAUGGCAGCUUCAGAUCUCUUUAAAACUUUAUUAUACACCGUCAACAAUCUCCUGCAACAACACAAAUAUAAAUCUGCUCUGGCAGUCGUCAAAGGCUUCAGGAAUGGAGCUGUAUAUGGGGCUAAAAUUCGUGCCCCUCACGCCCUAGUGAUGACGUUUCUAUUCAGAAGUGGCAGUCUGAGAGAGAAGUUUAGGGCGAUCGCUCAGGCCACAUACACUCACUCCAGGAAUCUAGCCUGCUUUGUGUUCACCUAUAAAGGCCUGCAGGCUCUCCAGCAGCGCUUGCAGGGAAGACCGCUGCAGUCGCACUCGUUUCUCGCUGCCUGUGUUGGAGGCUGGCUGGUGUUUGGAGAAAAUAACAACAUCAACAGCCAGAUAAAUAUGUAUCUGCUGUCCAGGAUUCUCUUUGCUUUGUCUCGACUGGCCGUGGAAAAAGGCUUCAUCCCGCAGCCCAAGAAAGACCCGUUCCCGCUGUUUGCCGCGCUGGUGUGGGGAAUCGUGCUCUGGCUGUUUGAGUAUCACCCUCACACGCUUCAGCCGUCCCUCCAGUCCUCCAUGAACUACCUCUACCACGACAGCAACACGUGGCAUGACAUUUCAGACUUUCUCAUCUAUAACAAACCAAAAACCAAAUGAGAUACCGACAAGUCUAAGCUCUUGCAUUAAACCAUAGAAUCUAGGAAAAUAAGAGACCACUUUAAAGUUU